AUGGAUAGCAAGAAGAGAGAGGCCACUGACGGUGGCGCAUGCGCAGUGUUCAGGAAGGCAGAAUCAGUGGAUGCUGUAGACUCGCGCCGCUCUUUGCCCUCCAUCCCUCCGCAGCCAGCCUGUCAGACCACAGAAACCGACAAAGAGGAGCCUACUGGAGGAGGGCUGAGUCAAGAUGGGGAGAGACAUCUGGCACGUGAGAGCCAAAGCCACGAAAGGAAGUCUGGUGUAGAAUUUGAACCAGAGGAGAGCCCAGGCAGCAGCAGCAACAGUAGCAGUAGUAGCAGCUACAGCAGUAGUGGGGCGGUAGAUGCCCUACCCCCAGCCCCAGUUCCUCCCCAGGCCCCUGCAGGAAAGAAGAGAGAGGACAGCUCCUGCUCUGACUCAGGCAGCUCUGUAGAGUCCAGCGAGGAGGAACCUGCCAUGUUCUCUAACUUUUUAAGUGGUGCGAAUCCCCUCAGCUCCGUUUCUUCUGCUGUCAGAGGAAGUCUGUUUGGGGAUAAUGCGGAGGGGGACAAACAGAAAGCAGGCACUCAGCAGCCUGGGUCAGGCCCUGGCCCUCGGAAGGCCCCGCAGCAGGGACAUAGGAAACAGGACCAGGCACCUCCUAAACAGGGAGGACCCCAGCUCCAGGGGAAUGGCCAGGCUGGUCAAGCAGACAAACCUAGCGGGCAGCAAGCCUCCACUAAGGGUGGACCAAAACAGCAAGCCCCUGCUAAGGGUGGACCACAACAGGAAGCCCCUGAUAAGGGUGGACCUCAACAGCAAGGACCUCAUAAAGGUGGGCCUCAACAGGAAGGACCUGGUAAAGGAAGACUACAACAAGCCCCCCAGCAGCAAGGACCUCCUAAAGCUGGACCACAACAAGAUUCCCCUGUGGUAGGGGCUCAACAGCAAGCCCCUGCUAAGGGUGGACCACAACAACAAUGGUCACCUAAGGUUGGGGCUCAACAACAAGCUCCUAAGUGUGGACCACAACAGCAAGGUUCGCCUAUGUUUGGAGCUCAACAGCAAGCCCCUGCUAAAAGUGGACCCCAACAGCAAGGUUCACAUAAAGUUGAGGCUCAACAUCAAGCUCUUACUAAAGUUGGACCCCAACAACAAGGUUCACCUAAGAUUGGAGCUCAACAGCAAGCCCCUUCUAAGGGUAGACCACAACAGCAAGGGUCCCCUAAGGUUGGAGUUCAGCCUCAAGGGUUCACUAAGAAAGGGACUCAGCAGCAAGGCUCCCCCAGGACUACACCACAGCAGCAGGCUUCUGGUAAACCUGGGACUCAGUCUAAUGCUGGACCUAUGGCUGGAGCUAAACCCCUGUGUCCAGUGUGUAACACUACUGGACUCAACCUGAACACCAAGGAGCCACCCAACCAUAACACCUGCACACAGUGUAAGACUGUCGUCUGCAGCUUGUGUGGCUUCAGUCCUCCUGACUCGGGUGGUAAGGAGUGGCUAUGUCUGACCUGCCAGAUGCAGAGAGCACUCGGAGGCUCUUACCCACCUGGACCCCCUAAGAUGAAGCCCCAGCCUUCACCCAACAAAGCCUCUACAUCUCCUGCACCACAGAACAAAGACACUCCAACACCAGACUCCCCUCAGAGGAAACCUGCUACAUCAGCAACACAGCCACCCAAGACCGAGGUUGCUAAAGCAGCAGACCCUCAGAAACCUGCCAGCUCAGCUCCUGCUCAGAAGACAAUACAGGAGAACCGGAGAACAUCAGGGCUUCAGAAACCACCAGAGCAGCCAGGCCAACCUGGGCUUAAGCAGAGUAAUGCUACCCGAUCCACACAGCAGGAGCCUGGGAAGCCUCAAAGAAGUGGAGCCUCUCCUGCCAAAGCUGUGCCACCAGAGGCCCGGCCCACCAAGCAGGAGUCAGGGGGCUUCUUCGACUUUGGUGGUCCUAAAUCUCAGCCUGCCCCCUCAAAGCCUGAAGAGUCAGUGUCUGGGAAGAUGUUUGGCUUUGGCUCCUCUAUCUUCAGCUCUGCAUCCACUUUGAUCACCUCAGCUGUUCAGGAUGAGCCCCGCUUCACACCCCCAGCUUCCCCCAAGAUGUCUGCACCGGUCCAGGCCUCCCCCAAGAUGCCCCCUGCAAAGGAGAUCAAACCACCUGCUGCUCAGAGAGCAGAUGAGAAGAAAGCAGAGCAACCCCAGCAGGCCACGUUUCCCCCAUCAGUACAGGCCAAAGCGGACAAACCCCCAUCAGAGCCUCCAAAGGGAGCAGCAUCCUCCCAACCAGCUCCCAAAGCAGGCCAAUCUACCUGUCCACUCUGCAAGAUGGAACUCAACAAGGGCUCCAAGGACCCUCCCAACUACAACACCUGCACAGAAUGCAAGAACACUGUCUGCAACCUCUGUGGAUUUAACCCCAUGCCACAUGUUACCGAGGUGAAGGAGUGGCUGUGUUUGAACUGCCAGACGAAGAGAAUAGAAUCCCCAGGACCUCCCAUGAUGAAACCCAAACCUUCUCCCAACAACGGUUCUGCACCUCAGAGGACCACUGUCCCACCCAGCACACCCCAAAAGAAAGGCACUCCAACACCAGACUCCCCUCAGAGGAAACCUGCUACAUCAGCAACACAGCCACCCAAGACAGAGGUUGCUAAAGCAGCAGACCCUCAGAAACCUGCCAGCUCAGCUCCUGCUCAGAAGACAAUACAGGAGAACCGGAGAACAUCAGGGCUUCAGAAACCACCAGAGCAGCCAGGCCAACCUGGGCUUAAGCAGAGUAAUGCUUCCCCAUCCACACAGCAGGAGCCUGGGAAGCCUCAGCAACAGCCUCCAAAAAGUGGAGCCUCUCCUGCCAAAGCUGUGCCACCAGAGGCCCAGCCCACCAAGCAGGAGUCAGGGGGCUUCUUCGACUUUGGUGUUCCUAAAUCUCAGCCUGCCCCCUCAAAGCCUGAAGAGCCAGUGUCUGGGAAGAUGUUUGGCUUUGGCUCCUCUAUCUUCAGCUCUGCAUCCACUUUGAUCACCUCAGCUGUUCAGGAUGAGCCCCGCUUCACACCCCCAGCUUCCCCCAAGGUGUCUGCACCGGUCCAGGCCUCUCCCAAGAUGCCCCCUGCAAAGGAGAUCAAACCACCUGCUGCUCAGAGAGCAGAGGAGAAGAAAGCAGAGCAACCCCAGCAGGCCACAUUUCCCCUAUCAGUACAUGCCAACGUGGACAAACCCCCAUCAGAGCCUCCAAAGGGAGCAGCAUCCUCCCAACCAGCUCCCAAAGCAGGCCAAUCUACCUGUCCACUCUGCAAGGUGGAACUCAACAAGGGCUCCAAGGACCCUCCCAACUACAACACCUGCACGGAAUGCAAGAACACUGUCUGCAACCUUUGUGGAUUUAACCCAAUGCCAAACGUUUCUGAGGUGAAGGAGUGGCUGUGCCUGAACUGCCAGAUGCAGAGAGCACUAGGAGGAAUGGAAGAUCCAGAACAUCCCAUGAUGAUACCCAAACCUUCACCCAACCAAGUCUCAGCUCCUGCUGCUCCUCGAAAGAAAGACACUCCAACAUCAUCUGGUCCCAAUAAAGUAGCCACUUCACCAGCUUCACCCAAAAAGGAGCCACUGACUCGAACCUCUCAGCCUGUCCCCUCAAAACCUAAAGACUCUGUGUCUGGGAAGAUGUUUGGCUUUGGCUCCUCCAUCUUUAGCUCUGCAUCCACGUUGAUCACCUCAGCUGUUCAGGAUGAGCCCCGCACCACACCGCCAGCUUCUCCCAAGGUGUCUACAACAGCCCAUGCCUCUCCCAAGAUGCCCCCUGCAAAGGAGAUCAAACCACCUGCUGCUCAGAAAUCAGAGGAGAAGAAAGCAGAGCAAUCACAGCAGGUCAAGGUUCCCCCAUCAGUACAGACCAAAGUGGACAAACCCCCAUCAGCGCCUCCAAAGGGAGCAGCAUCCUCCCAACCAGCUCCCAAAGCAGGCCAAUCUACCUGUCCACUCUGCAAGGUGGAACUCAACAAGGGCUCCAAGGACCCUCCCAACUACAACACCUGCACAGAAUGCAAGAACACUGUCUGCAACCUCUGUGGAUUUAACCCCAUGACACAUGGAUCAGAGGUGAAGGAGUGGCUGUGUCUGAACUGCCAGAUGCAGAGAGCUCUUGGAGGAAUGGAACCCCCUGGAACUCCCAUGAUUAAACACUCGAUCAGCAAAGUCUUGACACCUGUUGCUCCUCAAAAGAAGGACACUCUCACCCCUGCUGGUGUUCCAAAAGUGGUCACUUCACCAACCUCACUGAAAAUGGAGCCAGUGACUCGAGCCUCUCAGCCUGUCCCCUCAAAGCCUGAAGACUCUGUGUCUGGGAAGAUGUUUGGCUUUGGCUCCUCCAUCUUCAGCUCUGCAUCCAUGUUGAUCACCUCAGAUGUUCAAGAUGAGUCCCGCACCACACCGCCAGCUUCCCCCAAGGUUUCUGCAGCAGCCCAGGCCUCUCACAAGAUGCCCCCUGCAAAGGAGACCAAACCACCUGCUGCUCAGAAAGCAGAGGAGAAGAAAGCAGAGCAACCCCAGCAGGCUAAUGUCCCCCCAUCAGUACAUGCCAAAGUGGACAAACCCCCAUCAGCGCCUCCAAAGGGAGCAGCAUCCUCCCAACCAGCUCCCAAAGCAGGCCAAUCUACCUGUCCACUCUGCAAGGUGGAACUCAACAAGGACUCCAAGGACCCUCCCAACUUCAACACCUGCACCGAAUGCAAGAACACUGUCUGCAACCUCUGUGGAUUUAACCCUAUGCCACACGUUACCGAGGUGAAGGAAUGGCUGUGUCUGAACUGCCAGAUGCAGAGAGCACUUGGAGGAAUGGAACCCCCAGGACCUCCCAUGAUGAAACCCCAACCCUUGCCCAGCAAGGUCUCUACACCUGUUGCUCUUCAAAAGGAGGAUGCUGCAUCUGCUGAAUUUCAAAAGGAAAAGGAGACUACCAUAACUGCUGCAGAUCAGCCGAAGGUCACCCCCACACUCCAAAAAGAGGAGACAACCACACUUGCUGCACCACAAAAGGAGGCUCGAUUGCCAGCCUCCUCCAAAAUGUCACCACAAAAUAAAAAUAAUCCUGCACCACCAGGUGUGUCCCUUGUGAAUGAGGUCCCGAUCCCAGCUUUACCUGUCAAUAAGACUUCUGCCUUGCUCAUCAAGGAGGCACCAACACCUGCCUCAGAUCUCACCAAGGAGGAACCAACUCCUGCCUACCCUCUCAUCAAGAAGGCACAAACUCCUGCCUCCCCUAUCAUCAAGGAGGCACAAACUCCUGCCUCAGCUCUCAUCAAGGAGGAACAAACUCCUGCCUCUCCUCUCAUCAAGGAGGCACCGACUCCUUUUUUACCAUUCAAGGAGGUCCGUGCUUCACCUCUCAACAAGGAGGCACCAUCAACAGCCUCACCAGCCUCACCCCAAAAGAAGAAGGAACCUCAACUGCCAGGGUCACCAGACAGAAAGGUGUCCCCAAAACCAGAUUCAAUGCGAGAUAAAGAGGCUGAUCCAUCUGGUUUACCUCUGAAGAAUGAAGCCCCACCUUUGGGAGCAGAAGAAACUAAAGAGGUCCAAGCUCCAGCUGCAAUACAGAGCAAUGAGGCCCCCAUUCCAAGUUCAUCCAAAACAAAAGACACUCCAACAGUUCACACCCCACUUAAAAACGAGACUUCAUCUAUUGAGAUCUCAAUUGAAAACCAGAAACAUGCAAUUGUUCAAAAGUCAGUGGAGCAAUCAGCGACACCUACAACCAAGCUGAACGAGACUGUUCAACCUUUACAGCAGCCAGAAAAUCAAAUGCCUGCGUGGGAACAGCUGGCUACACAGCCCCUGCCACAAGUACAGCCUCAGGAAACUCCAGAGCCAGACCCUAAAAUCACUUCCCCAAAGCAGGAGCCUGGGAAACCAGCCAAUCCAGCACCUGCUCAGAAGUCACCACAGAUGCCAAGAACAUCAGAACUUAAGACACAACCACAACAGCCCAGACUUCCUGGGCGUAGACAGAGUAGUGUCAUCUUAGCAACACAGCAACCUCCCAAGCAGGAAUCCGGAGGCUUAUUUGGCUUUGGUGGUCCCAAAUCUCAGUCUACCCCUUCAAAACCUGAAGAAUCAGCUUCUCCCAAGGUGUCUGCACCAGCCUCUCCCAAGAUGCCACCUACAAAGGAGACAAAACCACUUGCUGUUCAGAAUGCAGAAAAGAAAGCAGAGCAACCCCAGCAUGCCAAGGUCCCCACAUCAGUACAGGCCAAAGUGGACAAACCCCAAUCAGAAGCUCAAAAGGGAGCAGCAUCCUCCCAACCAGCUCCCAAAGCACACCAGUCCACUUGCCCACUCUGCAAGGUGGAACUCAACAUGGGAUCCAAGGACCCUUCCAACUACAACACCUGCACUGAAUGCAAGAACACUGUUUGCAACGUCUGUGGAUUCAACCCCAUGCCGAAUGUUACAGAGUUGAAUGAGUGGCUUUGUCUGAACUGUCAGAUGCAGAGAGCACUAGGAGGAAUGGAAUCUCCUGGACCUCCCAUGAUGAAACCCUCGCCAAGCAAAGUCUCCACAUCUGCUGCUUCUCAAAAAUACACUGUCGGACCUGUUACAACUCGAAAUGAGACUCCCACACCAGCUGGUCAACAAAAAGUGGCUCCUACACCAGCCUCACCCAGAAAAGAGCCAGUGACUUCAGCCUCUCAACCCGCUCCCUCAAAGCUGAAAGAGUCAGUGUCUGGGAAGAUGUUUGGCUUUGGUUCCUCCAUCUUCACCUCUGCAUCCACUUUCAUCACCUCAACUGUUCAGGAUGAGCCCCGCACCACACCGCCAGCUUCUCCCAAGUUUGCUAUACCUGUUGGACCUAAACAGAAGGAGACUCCCAGACCUGCUGGUCUCAAACAAGUGGGCCAUAAAACAGCCUCACCCAAAAAGGUGUCAAUGACUCCUGCUUCAGAGAAAGACAACAAGACCCUAGCACCAGGCUCACCACAGAAGGAGGCAUCUCCAGCAAUGGCUUCACAGCAGGACCAGAAGCCAGUGGGCAAACCAACUACAACCCUUGUCCAAAAACCUAUACAGCAGAAGACUCCACAACAACAAGGCCAGCCUCCUCUGCCCCUAGCAGAGCCUUCGAAGCCUCAGCAACAGCUUCCAAAAGGUGGAGCCUCUAAUGCCAUACCUGUACCACCACCACAGGCCCAACCCCCCAAGCAGGAGUCAGGAGGCUUCUUUGGCUUUGGUGGUUCUAAAUCUCAGCCUGCUCAGUCAAAGCCUGAAGACUCAGUGUCUGGGAAGAUGCUUGGCUUUGGCUCCUCUAUCUUCAGCUCUGCAUCCACUUUGAUCACCUCAGCUGUUCAGGAUGAGCACCGCACCACACCUCCAGCUUCCCCCAGGGUGUCUAUGACUCCUGCUUCAGUGAAAGAGACCCCAGCAGCAGGCUCAUCACAGAAGAAGGAGGUAUCCCCGACAGUGGUUUGCCAGCAGGACCAGAAGCCAGUGGACAGACUGACGCCAACACUUGUCCAACAACCUCCACAACAGAAGACUCUACAACAACAAGGACAGCCUCCACAGCCCUCAGCAGAGGCACCAAAAUCAGAGCAUGAUAUAUCAAUAGUUGAAGCUGCUGCAGCAGCAGACACUCAAAAUCCGGCAAGCCCAGUGCCUGCUCAGAAGGCUCCACUGGAGAACCGGAGAACAUCAGAACCUCAUAAACCACCACAGCAGCCCAGCCCUGGGCGUAGGGAGAGUAGUGCCUUCCCAGCCACAAAGCAACCCCCCAAGCAGGAAUCAGGAGGCUUAUUUGGCUUUGGAGGUCCCAAAUCUCAGUCUGCCUCCUCAAAGCCUGAAGAGUCAGUGUCUGGGAAGAUGUUUGGCUUUGGCUCGUCCAUCUUCAGCUCUGCCUCCACUUUGAUAACAUCAGUUGUUCAGGACGAGCCCCGGACCACACCGCCAGCUUCCCCCAAGAUGUCUGCACUGGCCCAGACCUCCCCCAAGAUGCCCCCUGCAAAGGAGAUCAAACUACCUGCUGCUCAGAAAGCAGAGGAGAAGAAAGCAGCGCAUCCCCAGAAGGCCAAUGUCCCCCCAUCAGUACAUGCCAAAGUGGACAAACCCCCAUCAGCUCCUCCAAAGGGAGCAGCAUCCUCCCAACCAGCACCCAAAGCAGGCCAAUCUACCUGUCCACUCUGCAAGGUGGAACUCAACAAGGGCUCCAAGGACCCUCCCAACUACAACACCUGCACAGAAUGCAAGAACACUGUCUGCAACCUCUGUGGAUUUAACCCCAUGCCACAUGAAACAGUAAAGGAAUGGCUCUGUCUGACCUGCCAGAUGCAGAGAGCACUUGGAGCAGUGGAACCCCCAGGACCUCCCAUGAUGAAAUCCCAACCGUUGCCCAGCAUAGUCUCUACACCUGUUGCACUUCAAAAGGAGAAUGUCACACCUGCUGCAUCUCCAAAGCCGACUCCAGCUCCAGCUAAACCCCAGAAGGAGGAGAUCCCAGUACCUGCGGCUGGCCAACAAGAGAUCACUCCACCCACUGUACCUCAGGAGACACCAAUUCCCGCUGGAACCCCAGCACCAAAUGCAGACAAAAAGGAGGAGACCCCACCAGUAGGAUCCUCACAACAUAAACAAGCUUCACCUGCUCUGGCUGAGAAGGAGAAUCAAGAACCUAUAAUUGUACAGAAACCAGUGGACCAACCAAUUCCAGCAACACCCAAAACCAGUGGAGCUGCUACACCUGUACAGCAGCCAGAAAAGCAAACUCCUCCACUGCAACAGCCUGCUUCAAAGGCAUCACAGCAAGUACAGCCCCAGCAAGCUCCAAAGCCAGACCUCGAAACUGCUCCCCUAAAGGAGCCAAUGACUCCUGCUUCAGAGAAAGAGAAGAAGAACCCAGCACCAGGGUCACCACAGAAGGAAUUAUCUCCAGCAGUGGCUUCACAGCAGGAAAAAACGCCAGUGGACAAAUCAACUCCAACCCCUGUCCAACAUCCUCCACACCAAGAGACUCCACAACAACAAGAGCAACAACGUCAGCCUCUAACAGCGACACCGAAAGGAGAGCCUGGGAAGCCUCAACAACAGCUUCCAAAAGGUGGAGCCUCUUAUGCAAAAUCUGUACCACCACCACAGGCCCAGCCCCCCAAGCAGGAGUCAGGAGGCUUCUUUGGCUUUGGUGGUGCUAAAUCUCAGCCUGCUCAGUCAAAGCCUGAAGACUCAGUGUCUGGGAAGAUGCUUGGCUUUGGCUCCUCUAUCUUCAGCUCUGCAUCCACUUUGAUCACCUCAGCUGUUCAGGAUGAGCACCGCACCACACCUCCAGCUUCCCCCAAGGUGUCUAUGACUCCUGCUUCAGUGAAAGAGACCCCAGCAGCAGGCUCGUCACAGAAGAAGGAGGUAUCCCCGACAGUGGUUUGCCAGCAGGACCAGAAGCCAGUGGACAGACCGACUCCAACACUUGUCCAACAACCUCCACAACAGAAGACUCUACAACAACAAGGACAGCCUCCGCAGCCCUCAGCAGAGGCACCAAAAUCAGAGCCUGAUAUAUCAAUAGUUGAAGCUGCUACAGCAGCAGACACUCAAAAUCCGGCAAGCCCAGUGCCUGCUCAGAAGGCUCCACUGGAGAACCGGAGAACAUCAGAACCUCAUAAACCACCACAGCAGCCCAGCCCUGGGCGUAGGGAGAGUAGUGCCUUCCCAGCCACAAAGCAACCCCCCAAGCAGGAAUCAGGAGGCUUAUUUGGCUUUGGAGGUCCCAAAUCUCAGUCUGCCUCCUCAAAGCCUGAAGAGUCAGUGUCUGGGAAGAUGUUUGGCUUUGGCUCGUCCAUCUUCAGCUCUGCCUCCACUUUGAUAACAUCAGUUGUUCAGGACGAGCCCCGGACCACACCGCCAGCUUCCCCCAAGAUGUCUGCACUGGCCCAGACCUCCCCCAAGAUGCCCCCUGCAAAGGAGACCAAACUACCUGCUGCUCAGAAAGCAGAGGAGAAGAAAGCAGCGCAUCCCCAGAAGGCCAAUGUCCCCCCAUCAGUACAUGCCAAAGUGGACAAACCCCCAUCAGCUCCUCCAAAGGGAGCAGCAUCCUCCCAACCAGCACCCAAAGCAGGCCAAUCUACCUGUCCACUCUGCAAGGUGGAACUCAACAAGGGCUCCAAGGACCCUCCCAACUACAACACCUGCACAGAAUGCAAGAACACUGUCUGCAACCUCUGUGGAUUUAACCCCAUGCCACAUGAAACAGUAAAGGAAUGGCUCUGUCUGACCUGCCAGAUGCAGAGAGCACUUGGAGCAGUGGAACCCCCAGGACCUCCCAUGAUGAAAUCCCAACCGUUGCCCAGCAUAGUCUCUACACCUGUUGCACUUCAAAAGGAGAAUGUCACACCUGCUGCAUCUCCAAAGCCGACUCCAGCUCCAGCUAAACCCCAGAAGGAGGAGAUCCCAGUACCUGCGGCUGGCCAACAAGAGAUCACUCCACCCACUGUACCUCAGGAGACACCAAUUCCCGCUGGAACCCCAGCACCAAAUGCAGACAAAAAGGAGGAGACCCCACCACUAGGAUCCUCACAACAUAAACAAGCUUCACCUGCUCUGGCUGAGAAGGAGAAUCAAGAACCUAUAAUUGUACAGAAACCAGUGGACCAACCAAUUCCAGCAACACCCAAAACCAGUGGAGCUGCUACACCUGUACAGCAGCCAGAAAAGCAAACUCCUCCACUGCAACAGCCUGCUUCAAAGGCAUCACAGCAAGUACAGCCCCAGCAAGCUCCAAAGCCAGACCUCGAAACUGCUCCCCUAAAGGAGCCAAUGACUCCUGCUUCAGAGAAAGAGAAGAAGAACCCAGCACCAGGGUCACCACAGAAGGAAUUAUCUCCAGCAGUGGCUUCACAGCAGGACAAAACGCCAGUGGACAAAUCAACUCCAACCCCUGUCCAACAUCCUCCACACCAAGAGACUCCACAACAACAAGAGCAACAACGUCAGCCUCUAACAGCGACACCGAAAGGAGAGCCUGGGAAGCCUCAACAACAGCUUCCAAAAGGUGGAGCCUCUUAUGCAAAAUCUGUACCACCACCACAGGCCCAGCCCCCCAAGCAGGAGUCAGGAGGCUUCUUUGGCUUUGGUGGUGCUAAAUCUCAGCCUGCUCAGUCAAAGCCUGAAGACUCAGUGUCUGGGAAGAUGCUUGGCUUUGGCUCCUCUAUCUUCAGCUCUGCAUCCACUUUGAUCACCUCAGCUGUUCAGGAUGAGCACCGCACCACACCUCCAGCUUCCCCCAAGGUGUCUAUGACUCCUGCUUCAGUGAAAGAGACCCCAGCAGCAGGCUCGUCACAGAAGAAGGAGGUAUCCCCGACAGUGGUUUGCCAGCAGGACCAGAAGCCAGUGGACAGACCGACUCCAACACUUGUCCAACAACCUCCACAACAGAAGACUCUACAACAACAAGGACAGCCUCCGCAGCCCUCAGCAGAGGCACCAAAAUCAGAGCCUGAUAUAUCAAUAGUUGAAGCUGCUACAGCAGCAGACACUCAAAAUCCGGCAAGCCCAGUGCCUGCUCAGAAGGCUCCACUGGAGAACCGGAGAACAUCAGAACCUCAUAAACCACCACAGCAGCCCAGCCCUGGGCGUAGGGAGAGUAGUGCCUUCCCAGCCACAAAGCAACCCCCCAAGCAGGAAUCAGGAGGCUUAUUUGGCUUUGGAGGUCCCAAAUCUCAGUCUGCCUCCUCAAAGCCUGAAGAGUCAGUGUCUGGGAAGAUGUUUGGCUUUGGCUCGUCCAUCUUCAGCUCUGCCUCCACUUUGAUAACAUCAGUUGUUCAGGACGAGCCCCGGACCACACCGCCAGCUUCCCCCAAGAUGUCUGCACUGGCCCAGACCUCCCCCAAGAUGCCCCCUGCAAAGGAGACCAAACUACCUGCUGCUCAGAAAGCAGAGGAGAAGAAAGCAGCGCAUCCCCAGAAGGCCAAUGUCCCCCCAUCAGUACAUGCCAAAGUGGACAAACCCCCAUCAGCUCCUCCAAAGGGAGCAGCAUCCUCCCAACCAGCACCCAAAGCAGGCCAAUCUACCUGUCCACUCUGCAAGGUGGAACUCAACAAGGGCUCCAAGGACCCUCCCAACUACAACACCUGCACAGAAUGCAAGAACACUGUCUGCAACCUCUGUGGAUUUAACCCCAUGCCACAUGAAACAGUAAAGGAAUGGCUCUGUCUGACCUGCCAGAUGCAGAGAGCACUUGGAGCAGUGGAACCCCCAGGACCUCCCAUGAUGAAAUCCCAACCGUUGCCCAGCAUAGUCUCUACACCUGUUGCACUUCAAAAGGAGAAUGUCACACCUGCUGCAUCUCCAAAGCCGACUCCAGCUCCAGCUAAACCCCAGAAGGAGGAGAUCCCAGUACCUGCGGCAGGCCAACAAGAGAUCACUCCACCCACUGUACCUCAGGAGACACCAAUUCCCGCUGGAACCCCAGCACCAAAUGCAGACAAAAAGGAGGAGACCCCACCACUAGGAUCCUCACAACAUCAACAAGCUUCACCUGCUCUGGCUGAGAAGGAGAAUCAAGAACCUAUAAUUGUACAGAAACCAGUGGACCAACCAAUUCCAGCAUCACCCAAAACCAGUGGAGCUGCUACACCUGUACAGCAGCCAGAAAAGCAAACUCCUCCACUGCAACAGCCUGCUUCAAAGGCAUCACAGCAAGUACAGCCCCAGCAAGCUCCAAAGCCAGACCUCGAAACUGCUCCCCUAAAGGAGCCAAUGACUCCUGCUUCAGAGAAAGAGAAGAAGAACCCAGCACCAGGGUCACCACAGAAGGAAUUAUCUCCAGCAGUGGCUUCACAGCAGGACAAAACGCCAGUGGACAAAUCAACUCCAACCCCUGUCCAACAUCCUCCACACCAAGAGACUCCACAACAACAAGAGCAACAACGUCAGCCUCUAACAGCGACACCGAAAGGAGAGCCUGGGAAGCCUCAACAACAGCUUCCAAAAUCUGUACCACCACCACAGGCCCAGCCCCCCAAGCAGGAGUCAGGAGGCUUCUUUGGCUUUGGUGGUGCUAAAUCUCAGCCUGCUCAGUCAAAGCCUGAAGACUCAGUGUCUGGGAAGAUGCUUGGCUUUGGCUCCUCUAUCUUCAGCUCUGCAUCCACUUUGAUCACCUCAGCUGUUCAGGAUGAGCACCGCACCACACCUCCAGCUUCCCCCAAGGUGUCUAUGACUCCUGCUUCAGUGAAAGAGACCCCAGCAGCAGGCUCGUCACAGAAGAAGGAGGUAUCCCCGACAGUGGUUUGCCAGCAGGACCAGAAGCCAGUGGACAGACCGACUCCAACACUUGUCCAACAACCUCCACAACAGAAGACUCUACAACAACAAGGACAGCCUCCGCAGCCCUCAGCAGAGGCACCAAAAUCAGAGCCUGAUAUAUCAAUAGUUGAAGCUGCUACAGCAGCAGACACUCAAAAUCCGGCAAGCCCAGUGCCUGCUCAGAAGGCUCCACUGGAGAACCGGAGAACAUCAGAACCUCAUAAACCACCACAGCAGCCCAGCCCUGGGCGUAGGGAGAGUAGUGCCUUCCCAGCCACAAAGCAACCCCCCAAGCAGGAAUCAGGAGGCUUAUUUGGCUUUGGAGGUCCCAAAUCUCAGUCUGCCUCCUCAAAGCCUGAAGAGUCAGUGUCUGGGAAGAUGUUUGGCUUUGGCUCGUCCAUCUUCAGCUCUGCCUCCACUUUGAUAACAUCAGUUGUUCAGGACGAGCCCCGGACCACACCGCCAGCUUCCCCCAAGAUGUCUGCACUGGCCCAGACCUCCCCCAAGAUGCCCCCUGCAAAGGAGACCAAACUACCUGCUGCUCAGAAAGCAGAGGAGAAGAAAGCAGCGCAUCCCCAGAAGGCCAAUGUCCCCCCAUCAGUACAUGCCAAAGUGGACAAACCCCCAUCAGCUCCUCCAAAGGGAGCAGCAUCCUCCCAACCAGCACCCAAAGCAGGCCAAUCUACCUGUCCACUCUGCAAGGUGGAACUCAACAAGGGCUCCAAGGACCCUCCCAACUACAACACCUGCACAGAAUGCAAGAACACUGUCUGCAACCUCUGUGGAUUUAACCCCAUGCCACAUGAAACAGUAAAGGAAUGGCUCUGUCUGACCUGCCAGAUGCAGAGAGCACUUGGAGCAGUGGAACCCCCAGGACCUCCCAUGAUGAAAUCCCAACCGUUGCCCAGCAUAGUCUCUACACCUGUUGCACUUCAAAAGGAGAAUGUCACACCUGCUGCAUCUCCAAAGCCGACUCCAGCUCCAGCUAAACCCCAGAAGGAGGAGAUCCCAGUACCUGCGGCAGGCCAACAAGAGAUCACUCCACCCACUGUACCUCAGGAGACACCAAUUCCCGCUGGAACCCCAGCACCAAAUGCAGACAAAAAGGAGGAGACCCCACCACUAGGAUCCUCACAACAUCAACAAGCUUCACCUGCUCUGGCUGAGAAGGAGAAUCAAGAACCUAUAAUUGUACAGAAACCAGUGGACCAACCAAUUCCAGCAUCACCCAAAACCAGUGGAGCUGCUACACCUGUACAGCAGCCAGAAAAGCAAACUCCUCCACUGCAACAGCCUGCUUCAAAGGCAUCACAGCAAGUACAGCCCCAGCAAGCUCCAAAGCCAGACCUCGAAACUGCUCCCCUAAAGGAGCCAAUGACUCCUGCUUCAGAGAAAGAGAAGAAGAACCCAGCACCAGGGUCACCACAGAAGGAAUUAUCUCCAGCAGUGGCUUCACAGCAGGACAAAACGCCAGUGGACAAAUCAACUCCAACCCCUGUCCAACAUCCUCCACACCAAGAGACUCCACAACAACAAGAGCAACAACGUCAGCCUCUAACAGCGACACCGAAAGGAGAGCCUGGGAAGCCUCAACAACAGCUUCCAAAAGGUGGAGCCUCUUAUGCAAAAUCUGUACCACCACCACAGGCCCAGCCCCCCAAGCAGGAGUCAGGAGGCUUCUUUGGCUUUGGUGGUGCUAAAUCUCAGCCUGCUCAGUCAAAGCCUGAAGACUCAGUGUCUGGGAAGAUGCUUGGCUUUGGCUCCUCUAUCUUCAGCUCUGCAUCCACUUUGAUCACCUCAGCUGUUCAGGAUGAGCACCGCACCACACCUCCAGCUUCCCCCAAGGUGUCUAUGACUCCUGCUUCAGUGAAAGAGACCCCAGCAGCAGGCUCGUCACAGAAGAAGGAGGUAUCCCCGACAGUGGUUUGCCAGCAGGACCAGAAGCCAGUGGACAGACCGACUCCAACACUUGUCCAACAACCUCCACAACAGAAGACUCUACAACAACAAGGACAGCCUCCGCAGCCCUCAGCAGAGGCACCAAAAUCAGAGCCUGAUAUAUCAAUAGUUGAAGCUGCUACAGCAGCAGACACUCAAAAUCCGGCAAGCCCAGUGCCUGCUCAGAAGGCUCCACUGGAGAACCGGAGAACAUCAGAACCUCAUAAACCACCACAGCAGCCCAGCCCUGGGCGUAGGGAGAGUAGUGCCUUCCCAGCCACAAAGCAACCCCCCAAGCAGGAAUCAGGAGGCUUAUUUGGCUUUGGAGGUCCCAAAUCUCAGUCUGCCUCCUCAAAGCCUGAAGAGUCAGUGUCUGGGAAGAUGUUUGGCUUUGGCUCGUCCAUCUUCAGCUCUGCCUCCACUUUGAUAACAUCAGUUGUUCAGGACGAGCCCCGGACCACACCGCCAGCUUCCCCCAAGAUGUCUGCACUGGCCCAGACCUCCCCCAAGAUGCCCCCUGCAAAGGAGACCAAACUACCUGCUGCUCAGAAAGCAGAGGAGAAGAAAGCAGCGCAUCCCCAGAAGGCCAAUGUCCCCCCAUCAGUACAUGCCAAAGUGGACAAACCCCCAUCAGCUCCUCCAAAGGGAGCAGCAUCCUCCCAACCAGCACCCAAAGCAGGCCAAUCUACCUGUCCACUCUGCAAGGUGGAACUCAACAAGGGCUCCAAGGACCCUCCCAACUACAACACCUGCACAGAAUGCAAGAACACUGUCUGCAACCUCUGUGGAUUUAACCCCAUGCCACAUGAAACAGUAAGUAAAUAGUAUAUGUUUCAUCAAAGUAGUUAGGCUACU